UAGCAAGGAUUUUGAGUCACUGCAGAGAGCCAGGAUUCACUUACUUCUGGCAAAUUUGUGUCCUUUUCAUCAUAGAGCCAUGAAGGAAGAUAAAGAGAAUACUAAGCCCAAAGAAAAGCGGUGUGAACAUGGAGUCACGGAGGAUGGUGAAAAACCUGAGAGGGUGAAGGAGAAAAAGGAAGUCAUGAGUAAGGUGAUAAUUCGACGUCUGCCUCCCAGUCUCACCAAGGAGCAGCUAGAAGAACAUCUUCAACCUUUACCAGAUCAUGAUUAUUUUGAAUUUUUUUCCAAUGACUCAAGUUUAUUCCCUCACCUGUUUUCAAGGGCGUACAUCAACUUUAAAAGUCAAGAUGAUAUAGUUUUAUUUAGGGAUCGCUUUGAUGGCUAUGUGUUUAUAGACCACAGAGGUCAGGAAUAUCCAGCUGUUGUGGAAUUUGCACCAUUUCAGAAAGUGGCAAAAAGGAAAAGUAAAAAAAAGGAUUCCAAAACUGGAACUAUUGAUGAUGAUCCUGAAUACAGAAAGUUUCUGGACUCCUAUAGCAUGGAUGAAGAGAAACUAACUUCAACACCAGAGACGUUACUGGAAGAAAUAGAGGCAAGGAACAAAGAGAUGAUAGCUAAGAAGACAACACCAUUGUUGAGCUUUUUAAAGAACAGACAGAGAAUAAGAGAUGAAAAACGCGAAGAGAGGAGAAGAAGAGAGCUGGAAAGAAAAAGACUGCGAGAGGAAGAAAGAAGAAAAUGGAAAGAGGAUGAAAGAAGGAAAAGAAAAGAUGCAGAAAAGCAAAAGAAAUUUGAAAAGACUCCUGAGAAAGAACUGGACAGACCAAAGGACGAGACAAAAAUUAAGGUAGCUGAAGAGGCUACUCACACAGAAACUGUUAACUGGCCGGCAUCUCUGGCUGUGAAAGGGUUAAGUGAUGACAAGCUUCUUAAAAAGUCUGAAAAAGAGGACGAGAGAGAUACAGAAAAGAAAUAUAAAUCCAGAAAAAUUGAAAAAGAGAAUGUGAGAGAAGAACGGAGUACUACGAGCAAGCGAUCAGAUGGAGAAAUUGUCGAGGAAAAGCUUAAGAGAAAUGAAGAAGAAUAUGUGAAGGAUUACAGAGAGAAAGAUUAUGAAAGGGAAAGACGACUAAGAGAAAAAGAGAAGAUGAGGUAUCACGAGGAUGAUCGCAGGAAGCCCAGGGACCGCUAUGAGAAGGAUAGAUGUUUCAGGCGAAGAGAUGAUGAUUAUAGGAAGGAUAGAGAGGUGGUGCGGGAGAGAGGACGGAAACAAGAACAAAACGACUGUCCCCAGAACACCGACAAAUCAGAACGAAUAACCAGGGACGAGAAAAAAGAAGAUGCAGCCAAAAGAGAUCGUAUAAGAAACAAAGAUCGCCCAGCUAUGCAGCUAUACACGCCUGGAGCAAGGAGCAGAAGCCGCUUGACAGCGUGUGAUGAAAGCCCAGUUAAAUCUUCAGAUCAGACCACAGAGAAUAAACAAGAGUGUGAGACCAAUGACUUGGGAGAGGGCGAGUAAGGAGGAGACUUGGUGCGUUUUGCUGGUCAUAACUACCAAAGAACACAAACUCAGCAAUCCAGAAGUGCCUUCAUAGAGGAGUCUGUAAUCGGCAAGAGAAGAGUCCAGAGAGAAGUGUAGGGGCAUCUGGGGAAAGCAAAGUGUAGCUCAGAGCCCAAGCUGGGUUCUUGUAGUGUCAAGAUAACUAAGGAAAUAUAUAGUUUUUUAUUGCUGUAGAAGAGGCAGCAAGAGGUGGAACUUUGGUUUACAAUCCCUGUCUUGUGGCCUUAAUUAAACCAGAAUCGUCCAUUAUUGUGUUGGCAAAGAAUUAUGAGAGAACAAUAUUUUGACUAUUCAGCUCAGUGUUAUAUGUGCUGAUUAUCUUCAGCAGGCCCAGAAUUUCAGUUUUGCAGUAUAAUUAUCUAUUUUAUUACUUUUCAUUGCAAUGGACAUUCUGAAGAAACUAUAAUCCCUGCUAAGAUGCUGUAAAACAAUGUAGUAUUUUGAGUUUCUGAAUUAUUUUCAUACAGAUCUUUAUUACAUACAGUAUGAGAGUCCUGCUUUAACAUGGUAUCAAGCAGUUAAUUGCUUAUUUUAUCUGAAUGUCUGCACCAUAUAAAACAUCUUAAAUGAAUGUAACAUACAUGUUUUCUUAACUUUUUUUCUUUUCUAGGAAAAUAAAAGGCUUUGAAAUUA